ACCAAUACCAAAUUUCAAUUGUUAUCGGCCUAAGCGAAAAGAAAACAUGGCUUCCAGUAUGUCAGGUUCAUCGCAGGAUAAUUCUGCGCAACAGCCAGAGGACGAAGUUAGCCUACCAAGAGCUGCUGUUAAUAAGAUGAUCAAAGAAAUGAUUCCCAAUAUUCGAGUUUCGAAUGACGCUAGGGAGUUGAUAUUGACCUGUUGCAAGGAAUUCAUACAUUUGGUUUCUUCGGAAGCUAACGACAUCUGCAACAAGCAGAUGAAAAAGACAAUAUCACCAGAUCACAUCAUAUCGGCACUUGGAAGUUUAGGCUUCACACAAUACCUAGAAGAAAUCAAAGGAGUACACGCUCAGUUUAAAUCUCAAGCAUCGAACAAAAAGAAGAGUAAUCGCCUUGAGAAUUUGGGGAUCCCAGAGGAAGAACUCAUUAGACAACAAGAAGCAAUGUUUGCACAAGCAAGAGUUGAGCAGGCACAAGAAGAAUGGUUGCAGAUGCAACAGACUUUGCAACAGCAGCAAGCUUCAGUGCAACAAGCAACUUCAAAGCAACAGCCGACAACACAAACAAAUUUUCAGCAAAGUUCUGCUGUCACUGCUUCUUCGCAAAGUAUUAACCAAAAUAGUAUAGCUACAUCUGUUAUCUGUGAACCUGUAAGUAAAAUUAAUCAAGGACAAUUGACUAGUACAAAGACUGUUUUAUCUUCAAACACUUGAUAAAGUAUUUCCUUUUAUUUCAUGUUUCAUAAUGUUUAGCUUCUUCACAAAAUGUUUCUAUAAAUAGUAUUUAAUUGAAACAAAAUCAAGGUGAAUAUUUGUAUCCUGAAAUUCAGCCAUAUUUCAGUUUGCAACCACAAUUUUUCCCUUGCAUCAAGAUGUUAUCAUACUAUCAUUGUAAAAUUGAGUCAAGCUCAUCAAAGUCUUUAACUUGAA